CCCGAGCCAGGGCCAGCUGAGGGGCGCCAAGACGUGGGAGCUCUUGGCCGCGGCUUGGGCAGUUCAGGGGCUGGGUGGCCGAGAUCCGAGCAGGGCUCUGGGUUGGAGGAUCCUGGGCUGGGAGCAGGGGAGGAGCGGGCGGGGAGGGAAGGGUCUUUGCGGUCGACUUAGGGGCCUGCCGGCUGGCGGGGCCGGAGCCGGAGGUGCUGUGGCGCUGCGGGAAGAACCUGCCUGGGGCAGAGCGUCUGGUUCCGCGAGAGCCCUGCAGCCCGCAUAGCACCUGGAAGAUAGCGCGAAGGGCUCGGUGGAGAGGAUCGCCCGGUCCCAGAGCCCCGUGGGGCCACCUGUGCCCCCCACCCUCCUGAUGCCUGGAGGAGGGAGGCCGUGUCCCAGCCUGGCGAGUGCAUCCUUUGGAUGUGAGGCCUGCCGUGUUUGGUCGCUCACAAGGCACAGACCCUACCUAUUUGCUGAUACUCUGCUGUGACCGGUUCUUGCCUGUCUUGGGGAAGUUGAGCUGCUGUUGGUUUGACGGGAGCAUUGGGAGAGACAGGGUCAUCUUGAUGUGUGUUUGGGAGACAGGAGGUUUCGUGCACAGGAGCGUGGCAGGUGGCCGACCAGCAUGCACAGGAAUGAGCUGCGUCUUGUGCUUCUUCAUAGCGCGUAUCACAAUUUUAAUGAUGUCUAUAAUUUAUUAUUAACGCCAGUCUCUCUGGCUAGAAAGUGUGGUGAGAGUGGGUGCUGUGCCUGUCUUGUUCACAGUGUCUCUCUUGGUGUCUGGCACAUUGUAGGUCCCCAGUAAAUACUUGUUGACGAAUGAGUGAUCCGUGUGCCUACCCAUGUGCUGGUGUUGGGGAAAUACACGAGUGAAAUACACAUGAGUGAGAGACUUCCAGUUCUUGUGUUGGGCAGGAGACUGGCGUCUGUGUGGACAGAGGAAACAUCAGGCAGAAACAAACCUUUAAUAUUCGGCCUUGUCUGUACUGAAACAUUCCAGAGGCUAGAAGGCCAAGAUCAAGGUGUUCAGCAGCCUUGCACCCCUGGUAAUGGGACAGCCAUGGAGAUCUCAGGGCUGACCAAGAAAUACUAUGGUGCAAAUAGCUAUGGGCAACUUGGCCUCGGCCAUAAGGAAGAUGUGCUGUUGCCCCAGCAACUGAAUGACUUCUGUAAACCCAGGAGUGUCAGGAGGAUCACAGGAGGAGGAGGCCACUCUGCAGUUGUCACAGAUGGAGGAGACCUCUUUGUUUGUGGUCUGAACAAAGAUGGGCAACUGGGGCUUGGUCACACAGAGGAUAUCCCAUAUUUUACCCUCUGCAAAUCCCUCUUUGGCUGUCCCAUCCAACAGGUGGCCUGUGGCUGGGAUUUUACCAUUAUACUCACAGAAAAUGGUCAAGUUCUAUCAUGUGGAUCCAACUCCUUUGGCCAGUUAGGAGUUCCUCAUGGACCUCGAAGAUGUGUGGUUCCCCAGGCCAUUGAGCUCCAUAAAGAGAAGGUUGUUUGUAUUGCUGCUGGACUGAGGCAUGCAUUAGCUGCUACAGCGAGUGGCAUCGUGUUCCAGUGGGGGACUGGUUUGGCAUCAUGUGGACGACGGUUGUGCCCUGGGCAGGCUCUUCCAUUGUUUUUCACAGCAAAGGAACCAAGCAGAGUGACAGGUCUAGAGAAUUCUAAAGCAAUGUGUGUUCUUGCUGGCUCAGACCACUCAGCUUCAUUAACAGAUGCAGGAGAGGUGUAUGUUUGGGGAAGCAACAAGCAUGGGCAACUGGCUACUGAGGCUGCUUUCCUUCCUGCGCCCCAGAAAAUAGAAGCACAUUGUUUCCAGAAUGAAAAGGUCACUGCCGUCUGGAGUGGGUGGACGCACCUGGUUGCUCAGACAGAUGACGUCCAAGCUCCCGCUUCCUCUUCCGCCAUGAUUGUACACUUCCAGAGGCCUCCCCAGAAGCUGAUGCUCGAGCUUUGCUUCCUGUAUAGCCGCAGAACUGUAAGACAAUUAAACCUCUUCUCUUUAUCAAUUACCCAGUCUUAAGUAUUCUUUAUAGGAAUGUGAGAAUGGACUAAUACCCUCCCUCUCCCCUCCAACCCAUUCUUCAUACCCCAGUUGAAAGAUCUUUUCAAACCCAUUGCGUCACAUUCAGAUGCCUUCCCAUUGCUCCUAAGAUAAAAGUAUAAUCCUUAGUGGCCCUACAGGUCCUGUGAUCUGCUCUCUGCUGACCUUUCCAGUCCCAUUUCUCACCAUGCUAGUUCUUGAUCCCUAUUCAAUCUGCACUCUGGCCUUUGCUUGGUUCCUUGAAAGCAUCAUUCAUUUCCCACCAUAGUGCCUUUGCACCUGAUAUUCCCUCUAUUUGGCCACUUAUCUGUGCACCUCUUCUUCAGUUUGACUGAGCUAAAUCCUUUUUUUUUUAAAUCUUAAUCCUUAACUUAGGUAUCUGGGAGAACUUCUCUUGACAUUGCUGACUAAGUCACCUCUCCUUUUUUUCCUGUUCUCAUAGCACCAUAAACCUCUCUUUCGUGCUAUUUUUUGGUAGCAUUCUUUGACUAAUUUCCUUUCCCACUAGACUGUAAGCUCCGUGAGGGCAGAAGCCAUGCUUGCUUUUGCCUACUUAAGACAUGUUAGACAAAUGAAAAAACCCGAUUUCUUUGAAGUUACUUCUUUAUUAGGAAAAUGGGGAAAUAACUGCUGACCUGAUAUGAGGAUUGAAAGAGAUGAUGUAUUAAAGCAUCCAGCACAGGACUGGCUCAUAUGUCUUUUUAAGACACAUUAGCUCCCACUACCCUUUUGGAAACUCAUGAGCUCUCUGGAGAUCACAUGCUCCAUUUCUUCUCUUUAUGUCAGAGGUCUCUGCGGGGCUGGAUGUGAAUGUCUCUGGAUAGGUAACAAGUUGAUCAGAACUCUCCUGAAGAGUACAGAAAGAUCAGUGCUUACAAAUGCUAAGUGCUGGUUGCUGGCGGUGUAUUAGAAUUUCAAGGGGAAUGAUUUAUACACGAUCUAAACCUUAAUGUGGAGUUGGUCAGAAUGUCUAGAAUCCAGUUGCUUUUGGGAUGCUGGAAGCUUUCCCUGGAUCCUGCAGUAUCCCAAAGUAGCCUUGUGGUCUUACAAGGGAUAUGGAUUGAAAAAGUGAGAACAAAUACAGAGAGUUCUUUGACAUUCUUUACUUUCUUCAGUGUCACCUUAAAAAGCCCAUGAGUCUAAGAAGUUUUAGAGAAUCAAUGAUGAAAGAAGCAACUUCCUCACUUUGCAAAUGAAAAAAACUGGAACCAAGAGGAGAGAAAGUGACUUUAUGGCAACUUUAAGCUAGAAAUCCAGUUCUACUUUCCAGUGAAAUUUUCCCCCUUCCAUCACUGUCCUCUUGAUUCGUGGUUAUAUCCUUUUGAUUGAGAUUUUUUUAUUCUUUUGUUUUCCUAAAGAGGGGAAUUGUAUGGUACGUAUGAAAGGGACUAGCUGUUAGCUACUCUUUCAAGUGUCACAGCCCAAGAAAUAUUUUAUUGCAUUUGAUGUCUAAGCAUUAGUGAAAUUCAAGCCCGGCCAUUGAUUCACACUAAACUGAGUUUAUAAAUAUACCUAAUGCUGAUUUUUCUGUUUUGGGGCCAAGAUCCUUUUCAGAAUAGGGUGACAGUAUACAUUACUCCAUCUUCUUUGGGACCAUAUAUCAUGAAACUUCAACCAAGCUCAGGGAGAUUCUGACCUCAUGGGCUCUAUUUAAAGCAGGUGCUUUGGAAUUAAUGAUGCUUGUUCUUUAGAACUUUGAAAACCCAAUGGGUGAAAGUCAAGCUGAGCCCAAAGGCUUAUUUUGAAAUGGAUACUUUUUGAUUCUUAUUAAAGUCAUGAGUUUUUAUCCUAGAAUACUUAGAAUGUCAGUAAUGGAUAGAAACUCACAGAUCAUCUGGCCUUAAUUCCUCAGUUUAGAGAUGUGAAAACUGAGGACUAAAUAGGGGAGGCACAGUGAGUGAGUCACAGAACUAGGACCAGAACUCAAUCAAGUCUCAUGACUCUCAGUACAGUGUUCUUUCUGCCUUGUUGCAUUCUUUCCAGAGAUGAUGAGGAAGUGUGGACCACUUAACUAGUCAAAUCCAGGGACCUGAACCAGGAAGAUAGUUCCUUCUGUGUAAGAUGUUCUGCUUUGGCCAGGCAUGGUGUCUCACAUCUGUAAUUCC